AAAGCUUAUUUUUGUAGCACACAGAUAGAAGUAAUGCGGGUCACGAUGUCGGAUGUCGUUGGACUUCAAGUGUAACAUGCGCAGAGAGGAGGACAAACAGACGCCGAAUCCGGUUUAACGUUGCCCUCAAAAAACCUGCUAACCGAGAUUCGUAGCAAUGAGAAUUUCUACGUAUAUUUCAAGAUAGCAGAUUGGAUAUUUAUUCAUGGGCGCGACAUAGUACGUCGAGGGCAGCCUAAGCUCUGUGCUGUUGAAACAAGAUGAUAAAAAACUGGGGUGUCAUUGGUGGCAUAGCCGCUGCGAUUGCAGCUGGAGUAUACGUUUUGUGGGGCCCAAUUACAGAGAGAAAGAAGAGAAAAAGAGGUAUGGUUCCUGGUCUGUUGAACUUAGGCAACACCUGCUUCCUGAACUCUUUGCUUCAGGGUUUGGCAGCAUGUCCGUCCUUCGUUAGGUGGCUGGAGAAGUUUUCAGGUUCUCCCAUGAUCCAGUCAUGCAAAGACAACCAGCUGUCUAUGACAUUGCUUCAGCUUCUCAAAGCUCUGUCUAGUGAUGAGCCUGGAGAGGAAGAUGUACUUGAUGCCGGAUGCCUUCUUGAUGUUCUCAGACUGUAUCGAUGGCACAUCAGUUCAUUUGAAGAGCAGGAUGCACAUGAACUUUUCCAUGUCCUUACGUCUUCUCUAGAGGAGGAGCGGGAUCGUCAACCCAAAGUCACUCACUUGUUUGACAUGCAGUCUCUGGAGAGUCUCCCUGAUCAAGACGAGAAAACCAUGACCUGCAGAAGUCGAGCCCCUCUUCAUCCAAUACCAAGUCCUUGGAAGUUUCAGCAUCCUUUUCAUGGUCGUCUAACAAGCAACAUGUCAUGCAAACGCUGUGAACAACAAAGUCCAGUGCGGUAUGACUCUUUUGAGAGCCUCUCCCUGUCCAUCCCUUUACCUCAGUGGGGUCGACCCAUGUCCCUAGAUCAGUGUCUUCAGCAUUUCAUUUCAUCAGAAACCAUCAAAGAAGUGGAGUGUGAAAACUGCACCAAGCUUCAACAAGGGAACACAAUAAAUGGGCAAGUUCUGGAAAGCCAGAGGACAACAUUUGUUAAGCAGCUAAAACUGGGAAAGCUCCCCCAGUGCCUCUGCAUCCAUUUACAAAGACUGACGUGGUCCAGUGAAGGAACUCCCAUCAAAAGACAGGAGCAUGUGCAGUUCACAGAGUAUUUAUCAAUGGACCGCUACAAACACAAUACUUCCACGCAAAGAAUCCAGCGGGUCAGAUGUGCUCCAAAUCCCAUAAAGGCAGAAAAUUCAGAUGAUUCCACGGAAAAGUCAACUGCCAAUGGAACUGAAACGGAACAUCGGAACAACAACAGCAAACCUUUUUCCAAUGGAACAUGUUCCACUGUAUUUCUUCACUCAUCUGGUGUGAACCCACAGCUCAGCCUCACAUAUGACUACAGUUGUACAGAGUACCUUUUCCAGCUCAUGGCUGUGCUGGUUCACCACGGUGACAUGCACUCAGGACACUUCGUCACAUACCGCCGCAGCCCCUCCUCGCCACACAGCUCUUCACCCUUCAGUUCCCAGUGGCUCUGGGUGUCGGACGACUCUGUUCGAAAAGCCAGCCUGCACGAGGUGCUGUCUUCCAACGCUUACAUGCUCUUCUAUGAGAGAGUCCGAAGACUGAACCACACUCUGCGCUCAGAGGAGUAGCCAGAAGCUUACAGCCUGGCAGCCUGAUUGACUCCUGCCUUUCCGGUCAGACUGUCACAUCCAACAGGCAGAUUGUCACUGAGACCAGACAGUUGUUGUAGAAAUGAUUUUUGCCCCACAGAUCACAGCAACAGGUUGAAGGUUGUCGGGGUCUGAUGCUCAGUCCACAAGUAGACACUGUCUGUGAUCCAGAGUAGGAAGCUCUCAAUCCCAAAGAUUAUGGACCUGCAGGAUUUUUAGUCAAGCAUCUGUGAUCAUGUAAGCUACUUCUCUUUGACUGGUGUAACAGUUUCUGUUAGGUAACAUUUUGCCUUCUAUGGGACAAAAA